GCAAUCGAGAUAUUACCUAUUGUAAGGAGAAAUGGCGGACAUCGGACGAUUGUUCUUAUUCGUUUUCCGAAGAAAUAGUGACUACAGUGACGAAAAUUUAUGAUGCUCUCCGGGUUCCCAUAGCCCAGUCUCUGUUAUGUGAAACUGGGCUGCCUCAUUACCCCUGAGAGGUGGUUAAGAGUAAACUCUGAGCUCUCGUCGAAUACAAAUACCACGAGUUAGGCACUAGUCAUGUCAUCAAAAACAUUCCUUUAUUUGCAUCGUAUUACAUUUAUCUCGAGUAGAGAACUAUCCUAAUAUGAGCAAUCUUUACGACGUUAUCAUUGCGGGCGCAGGGCCAGUCGGGCUCUUUUUAGCCUGUGAACUAGCGAUGGCAGACGUCUCUGUACUGGUGCUAGAGCGCGAGUCCGAACCCAACUCUCCCUCGAAGGUUGGACCGCCGGGUAUGCGAGCGUUGAACACGGCAUCUAUGGAGGCGUUCUACCGACGCGGACUACUAGACAAAGUCACACCUCCAAGCAAGCGACCGCCAAACUUCCAGAAGAAGCCCGGGUUUCAGUUUGCUGGGUGCUGGAGUUGACACACGCACGCGGCACAGGUGACAGUUCUGAAACUUGGGCCACACGGCGCUUCUCUUCGCCAGCUCGUGAGCGAUCUAAUCGAUGCGGAUGAUGGCCAUAACUUGUUCCUCGGCCGGGUCUGGGGCUUGUCUCAGCGGCAUGAUCUCGGCGACCCGCAUCCUCUGGUCGGGGCCGGCGCCCCGGAUUUCGAGUUUAGUGACGGAUCAAGGCUAGGUCCUAAGUUGGGGGGAGCGCGAGGCCUUAUUGUCGACUUUAGUGAUGACGCAGCGCUUAAGAAGCUGGCUGAGGGGUAUAAAGCUAGGGUUGAUUAUGUUAGUGUUGGUGCCUUGUUGGUUCGACCUGAUGGUAUUGUUGCUUGGGUGGCCGAGGGGAGUCUCGAUAUUGAGGGGGCUAAGGCUGCUUUAACGCGUUGGUUCUGAUUUAGUCUAUAAAGGGGAUGCCGUGAGG